AUGGCUCCUAUGUACCAGACUUUAUCAACACCGACACCGCCUAAUCAUCCCCAACACUCCGUUCCCGGUUCUGGCACCAAACGACCGCGACCAAGUGACCUCGAUCUGGGUAGUAUGGGUGACUUGGACCAUUCAGACCUCAGUAGUAUGCAACAAACACCACUGGGAGCUGCCUAUGCUCAUGCCGCCGCCGUCGCUGUGUCACAAUCCCAGCACCAACCUAUACAUCACCACCACCACCUUCCCGACUCAGAGCCACCUUCAAAGAUGAUGCGUCGCGAUGACGGACUGGGUGGCGCUCCAAGUGUUGUGGGACAGAUGGGAAUGCCUGAUCCAGCACCUCGACCUCGAGGACCAAAGCUGAAGUUCACACCAGAAGACGAUCAACUGUUGAUUGAACUUAAGGAGAACAAGAACUUGACAUGGAAGCAAAUAGCGGAUUUCUUCCCAGGGAGAUCUUCAGGGACAUUGCAGGUUCGAUACUGUACAAAGCUGAAAGCAAAGACAACAAAUUGGACCGACGAAACGGACCAAAAGCUUCGAACUGCACUUCAGGACUACGAGAACGAGAAAUGGAGAAUCGUUGCGAACAAAGUCGGCACCGGCUUUACUCCUGCAGCAUGCCGAGAACGGGCUGAGCAACUUAUAGUCGAGGACCCAGCGACUCUGGCGGCUUUGUCGCAGUCAUUAUCGCCAGCUGUAGUCUCAAACGCGGAGUCCGAAGAGCCCCUAUACACUCAUCAUCAGCUUCAAUAA